AUGGGUAUAAUCUGCGGGACAGCCACUCACUACCGUGAGGGAGAGACACAUUUCACAAUGCUCAUAUGUUUCAUUAUUGUCUUAGGAGGAUUUUUGAAGGCGUGUACAAAGAAUUCUGAAGUCAUUGUCUUGUCAAUUCUUUCUCUGUCAGGAUUUGUGCUAGGACAACUCGCCCAGAGGUUUGUUGAGAUUCACAGGCUUAUCUACCCUCUUCUAAAAACACCGAGUUUUUCACUUUAUUGUUAUUUUUUGCCUAUAAUUAUAUUCGUGGCUGCUUUGGACGUGGACUUUUACAUACUUAAGAAUGUUUUUUGGCAGGUCUUGUUAACUGCAUCAGUUAGCUUUUCUUUGACUAUCGCCGUAAUUGGGUAUGUGGCUAUGAGAUUCAAUAAAGAAGCGUGGGAUUUACAAUCUUGCAUCCUCUUUAGCAUCACCCUCAGCAUUAUAGAUCCUCUUCAUUCGGUAAAUUCACUGAAAUCUAUUGGUGUUUCCAAAGUGAGCAUUGAUAUCAUUAGAGGAGAAUCGUUGAUCAUAUGUGGCAUGACAUCCAUUAUUAUUGGACUUUUCCGGACCACCACAGUUCACACUUACAUAUUUAAGGAGGUGUAUGCAUUCAUAAGUCUCUUCGUGGACAUUUUUGGAAGCAUAACAUGUGGAUAUGUGUGUGCAAGAAUCAUUCAGUUUAUAUUUAUUGACCUUUUUAGCAAUACACUGACUAAUGUCAUUCUCUGCUUUUCAAUGGUGUACAUGACUUUCUACAUAGCGGAAGUUUUUGGAAUGUCAGGCAUUGUUGCUGUAGUCACUAUAGGACUGAAUUUAGAUUCCAUAAGUUUUAAACCGAGGAAUGAGUUAAUAAUUACUAAGUUCUUAAUAAUGUUUUCAUUUGUAUACCAACAAUUAAUAUACACCUUUUUUGGCAUUGUAAUUGGAUGUGGACAGAUGAAGGAUUUUAAAAUUCACAGUGUAGUUUUCAUUUUAAUUUUAUGUGUCAGUCUGAAUAUUGUAAGGUUGCUUACUAUUGCGUUAGUGAGCCCCGUUUUCAUGCAUUCGAGUUAUGAAUAUGAUUGGAGUUGGGGAGCCGUUAUCACAUGGUCUGGAAUUAAAGGCGUUUUUAGCUUACUCUUGGCCCCCGAGGUUUAUAAUCUGGCUGAAACAAAAAUAAAAUCACCACAUAUGUGUAUACUUUAUGUACAAGUGAUAUCGUUAUUGACUAUGGGAAUAAAUUCAUACCUGAUGACUCGAUCUGCCAGGAUAUUAGGUUUGUGUUCUAUUUCUCUCCCGAGACAAAUGGCCAUGCAAAAUGCCAUCCAGCACAUACAGGAGAUAAUACAGAACACCAUAAAUUUAUUUAAAACAGAGAAAAUUUUGACCAAUGUUAAUUGGACCCUAGUUGAAGAAAAGACCAAGAUUGAAUACACCUUUCCUUUUUCCCAUGUUUCACAUAAUGAAGAAGAGGAGUCCCCAACAGAUGAGGAUUUAAUAGAAGAAGCCAGAUUGCAUGUAGCUAUAAUACAAAUGAGUAGUUUUGAAAAACAGUGUAACGAUGGAAUCCUCAGUGUAUCGGCAGCCAGGAUAUUGAUUGGUGCAACCAAAAGCUAUUGCCCCAUCCAAGGAAAAUUCAUGAGUAUUUAUGAUGUUUCAACUUAUGUAAAAGCUAGAAGUUGGCUUAUGAAAUUUAAAAGCAUCUUAACUUUCUUGGAAUAUCAUAAAGAAAAGCCACGUUUUAUUGCAUCUGGGAAUAAUAAAUUUUUGUUCACCGUAUACCAAAUUGUCUUUUCAGAAGAGUUUGAAUAUGCAGAACAUAUUAUAACAUUAAUGUAUAUUUAUCCUAUGAUAGUGCAUUUAUGGCCAAUGGUGAGAGAAUUAAAUGUGUUAGGACUGCUAUCGAUAAACUACUAUUUUAUGCUUUUAUAUGUAUUACAAGCAGCAUUAAAGAUAAUAAUUUUGAAAAGGAAAUACUUUCAACAAUGUUGGAAUACUUUGGAAUUUUUUAUCGUGGUUAUUGGACUAGUUGAUGUCUUUUGUGUAUACUCUGUCAAAUUGAGACCGGAAAACGUAACUCUUAUUCAAGUUACGGUAAUAAUGGGAUAUUUCAGAAUGAUUAGGUUUCUUCCUAUCACUAAGGUAAUAAUACCCAUCCUGAUAAAUAUUGUAGAUGUGCUAAUUAAAAAGCGCCUCAGCUUGAUGUAUAGUAUUACAAAAGGCUACGUCAAAAGUCAAGAGGAUACCAAACUUUUAAUUAAACAAAUUUCUAGCCGAGAAUCAAUAUAUCAGAAAUUAUAUGACAUUUUGGAAACCAACAGGCGAGAUGCUGUGAAAGAAUUAGGACUCAUAGAGCAUGAGGGGCGUGAUGUUGUCAUUGCUUUGAAGUCUAAGCAGGCCAUCCAGAAUGUGAUUCAUAAAGCUCAGAAAAACCUCACCUUCCUUUGGUCAAGAGGUAUUAUUGGUAAUCAUGAAGGCAUCGAGAUGAAGAAGGUACUUCUUACAAAAAUAAAAGCACUGAAUAAUAUUCCAAUGACAAUCCCACCCCCUACUCCUGACAAAUAUCUUCAUAACAUCAUUUGGCUGGAAAAUAAAGAGGUUCUCAUUGAGUUUUUCAAGGAGAGAGCCAAACUUGCAUAUUUUGACUAUGGAGAUAUCAUAUGUAAAGAAGGGGAAAUGCCACAAGGAAUAUACCUAAUUAUUUCAGGAAUGGCAAUUUUGCAUAGUUCACCUCCUUCCUUUGGAAUAGACAAUACCCUGAGGCCUGACAAAGAGUCCAAAACUAUGUUUACAGAGUUCUGCACUAGUGGGGACAUAAUUGGAGAGCUGAAUUGUCUGCUUAAACGUGAAAUUGAAUAUACCGCCAUCUGUGAAACUAUUUUACAGGCCUGCUUCAUCUCCCUGGAGGAUUUGUAUGAAGGCUUUGAUGUUUUCUGGCCAUCCCUGGAAUAUAAAAUAUGGCUAAAGCUUGCUCUCCGUAUUGCCUCUCAGUAUUUUGAAUCAAGUCUUGUUGGUGAGGACUUAACAUUUCAGAGGUGUGUGGAUCACAACCAUGCCUAUGUGGAGACUUUAUCAAGCUAUAAUGAAAUGAUUAUUGAUAAUACGACCAUGAAAUUUGUUAUUAUCGUGUAUGGCAGUGUAAUUGAUAUGAAGACAGAGGAACCCUUUUUUGCACCUUCCAUAAUACCUAAAACCUGUGAGCAGCUUCAGGGAACUUCAGAUUUAAGCAAGUUGCUGGUUAUCCUAGCACCUGAGCCUGCCAGCAAUAUUGAUAAAAAUGCCACGGUCACAGGUAUGCUCUUUGAUGUAUGUAACAUCUCAGAGCAGAAGAUGUGCAGAAAUACUGUGUAA